AUGUUUACUGAUGCACAGGAUGUAGCGGAUACGCAUUAUGAUGCAAAUGUUGGAAGGCUGGCGGCACAUCCUGCGUCCGUCUACUCUGCCUUUCACCGACCCAAUUUACUCAAAACAAGGGAUGGUGUUUUUUCCAAUAUGGUCUCGUCUUCUGGUAUUUCCCAAAUUUCCUCGGGAACUCUGGAUGCAGUGCCCUCUAGACCUCCGUGUUAUGAAGAGGUUGCAACUAUGCGGCCGCCGAACUAUUCUAUCGAGGCCCCCGCUAUCUUUCGCUUACUUUCUGGAGGCAACAAUCAUAACACCAGUGGUUUUGCAGGCACUUCUAGUGGACGUCCACCAAGUAUUGCCGAUAUCCUUAUUGAUGGCAUUCCAUUGGGGUCGUGGUCUUCUUUCUUUGGCCCCAUGGCUGUUGUCGUUGUUUCCCAGUUUGUGGGGUUUCUAUUGACUCUGAUGCUUGUACGCUCGCACGCUGGCCAUCAUGGUGCGUUUGCUGGUCUUGGCUUGCUACUGGCCAUUUUUGCAUUUAAUGGUGGCUUUGAAAGUGCAAGUUCCAGCGGGUUCAUCACCCCUACAAAUGACCGGCUGUUGGAUUCGCAGUCUUUGGUGCUGACUACAUCUGUGUUGGACCCAUUUCUUUUGGUCUCUGUGAUCGUUGUCGGACUUGCGUUAUUCUUUUUUUCGUUUUACUCAUAUGCACGCCUUCGCUCAAAGGCGGCCUCGUCGCUGAGUCAGCUGCAAUCGAUGGAGCAGCAAGCUUGA